AUGCCCAGCGACGGCGAGGUCGACGAAGUUUCCGGUUUUUUCGCCCCUCGUGGCUUUGUCGAUGAAAUGAGCAGAAAUGACACUCUUGCAGACGUGCGCAACAGAGCAGCAGCCCGUCAUGUCGUCAUGCGCAUCAUACCCAAGUACGGAGAGGGAAUAAAAACCGUAAAUUCCGUGCGGGAUGCUUUGAAGUUGCCAGAUAUAAAGACAGUUAUGGCCCAUUUUAAGCUUGCCGAAAGGCGCUUCGUGGAGGAGCGUAAACAGGAGAAGCUCAAGAAAUGCACUGAAAUCAAGACAGCUGCUCUCGACCGAGUCUUGCGACAUCCAAACAAGUCUGAUAGACAUCCACGGAAUACGCCGACAUUGAAUUCAUUGAUACAUUUUUGUUUUACGUGCCAGGAGUUCAUUUGUGACCUCCACGAAGAGCAUCGACCAAUCCCUAUCCUACCGAUCCCAGAUGAGUGCCAGAGAAUACGUCUCUUGGACAUGGGCUUCGGAUCACACAAGCCGUGCUCGCAGAGUUGCUUUGCCACAAAAGGGAUCGACCGUUGUCCCCUUGUGGCGCAUGAGCAACAGCAAUGGGAUGAUGAUGAGGUCGAAUUACUUUUCGAGGCUCUCCGCUUAUUUGAAAGGGACCCAUGUUCUUUGGCAUUAGUCGUUGGCUCACGGACAUGUCGUGAAGUAGCAAGGAAGUUACACACGGACAAAGGACACAGAAGGAUGCAGGGUGCCUUCGAAGCACUGAAAGCAAGUGGAAGAACGAAGGAACAUCAGCAACUGCGAGAGCACUUUCAACUCAUGGUCAAUGCAUUAGAAGAUCCUCAGGACGAUUGUGCGUCCUCAGAAGGUGACGACGAAAUUUUGCUCGCCAAUUAUAAACGCUCGAGAAGGCAGAGGCGGGGCAGAAGUGAGCGGAAUAAGAAAGGGAAUAGUCAGACUGCGAGGAAGAGCACACUAAGUGUAAUGGAGAAUAGCGAGAACUGGUUCUCUCGCCCUUGCAGCCACGUCGGAGAAUGUACAGACACAUGCCCGUGUGUUAAGACUCAGACACAGUGCGAAUCCUCUUGCGCCUGCAAUGCAAAGCGGUUCUCCGUCUCGGAAAAUUUUAAUAGAAUCACGUCAGUUGGGAAUGUAUGCAGAAACGGAGCUGGAUUCUGCCGUUGUGUGGGCGGAAUGUGUGAUCCGGAAGAAUGUCCUUGUAGCACCACUCUUGAAAAGACUUGUGAUCCACAGCGUUGUCACUGCGAUUGUGGCCUCGGACCGUGGGAUAGGCCAAUUGGGGAGCGCACGUGUAGAAAUCUGCAAGUCUUUGCGCACAAGAAGACUUUCGUCGGACGAUCCCAGGAAGCAGGAUUUGGUUUAUUUGCGGGAGAACUAUUCAAGAAGGGGGAUCUUGUCGGUGUGUACGCUGGGGCUCUGCUACCGGCGGAAAUUGUUGAUGGAAGGAGCGCUGUCGGAGAUCUGUCGAACAAAAUGUACACCUUUGACAUUCGAAAUGCGACCGUGGACGGAACGACAUUAGGAGCUAAAGUCCGCUUCAUAAACCACAAGGAAGCUUGGGAGGCGCCAAACUGUCAAGCGUCUGAGAUUCGAGUUCGUCGUCAUCGGCAUCACAGGCUGACUGCAUCAAGAACUGUACAUCCAGGAGAAGAGUUUUUCUUCGACUACAAGAUUGUCGACCCUGGGACACGAGAUGACUGCGCCUACUCUUUGCCGCCCUGGUUGGAGGAACGCCGACGUCCUAAAGCGACGAAGCGGAAGUCCUAA